AUGGGCUCUAGUGUGCACGAGCUUCAGCAGCAUGUUGAGUUCAGUAGUCACAUCUCCCGGACUCCAGAGCACAGGCUCAGACUCUUGGAAAAGAUCAAGCUCUACCUUUCAAAGAAAACUUUGCCACCUCACACUAACCGUAGGAAGUUUGACCAUGACUUUGCCAUCUCUACUUCCUUCCACGGAGUCCACAACAUUGUCAGAAAUCCGAGUAGGAUUCGCAAGGUGAUCUGGUUGCUGGUGGUCCUAGGCUCCAUCAGUCUCCUCAUCUGGCAGGUAUACAGCCGUCUCGUCAAUUACUUCAGGUGGCCCACCACGACAUCUAUGGAGGUACAGUAUGUGGAGAAGAUAGAGUUCCCAGCUGUGACCUUCUGCAAUUUAAACAGGUUCCAAGCAGAAGCUGCAGCCACAUUUGGCAUUAUUUUUUUCUUAUGGAAUAUUGUAUCCAAAGUCCUUCAUCUUCAGGAAAUCAGUACCAAUUCUACUGGCUCUAAAGAGGCUAUUGAUUUCCUUGCAAGUGAGCGAAACUUCAGCAUUACAGAGUUUGUCAAGGAAAAUGGUUUUUAUCUCAACAGCAGCACAUUGUUAGAAUGUGAAUUUUUUGGAAAGCCAUGUGGCCCAGAGGAUUUUGCACAUGUCUUCACUGAAUAUGGAAACUGUUUUACCUUUAAUCAUGGUGAAAAUAUCCAAGCAAAGGAAAAAGUGAGUGUUUCUGGAAGAGGCUUACACUUGCUCUUCAAUGUAAAUCAGGAGGAAUUUACUGAUGACCCAACCCUUGGCUUUGUCGACGCUGGGAUCACCUUUGUUAUCCAUUCACCCAUGAAGGUGCCGCAGUUUGAUGGUUUGGGCUUGUCCUCACCAGUGGGAAUGCAUACACGGGUGACCAUCCGCCAGGUGAAGACAGUCCAUCAGGAAUACCCUUGGGGAGAAUGCAAUCCCCACAUGAAACUGCAGAACUUCAGGACCUAUAGCACCUCCGGCUGUUUGCAGGAAUGCAAAGCUUGGCACAUCAAGAAGCAGUGCGGAUGUCUGCCUUUCCUUCUUCCUGGAAAUGGGAUAGAGUGUGACCUACAAAAGUUUUACAACUGUGUGUCUCCUAUACUCGACCACAUUGAAAUUAAGGGAUUGUGUACAGUGGGAACACACAACUCCAGCUGCCCUGUACCUUGUGAAGAAACAGAAUACCCUGCGUUCAUUUCUUAUUCCACUUUUCCAAGCCAAAAAGCUUUGAAAUAUCUUUCCAAGAAGUUGAAUCAAAGCCAGCAAUAUAUCAGGGAGAAUCUUGUGAAUAUUGAAAUAAACUAUAGUGACUUAAACUAUAAGAUAACCCAGCAGCAAAAAGCAGUGAGUGUCUCUGAGUUACUUGCAGAUGUUGGUGGUCAGCUGGGCCUAUUUUGUGGGGCCAGUGUGAUUACAAUUAUAGAAAUUAUUGAGUAUAUAUUCAGCAAUUUCUACUGGAUAUGCAUUUUGUUCUUGCUGAAGAUCCCUGAAAUGGCCCAGGGAGCUCCUGCACCUCAGAAUCACCUGGAGAAUAAAGACAGCAUCGAGGUAUGCUGAUGUCCACUUAGGACAAAAGCAUUUGUUCUUCUCUUCAUGAUACCUUCAGAUUUACUCAUGGCUUAUUCACUGCUUUGUAACUUUACGUUAUAGUCCUGGAGAUAUCUUUUUAUACAUACUUCAUCUCUGUCUGUGUCUUUAAUUACACAUACAUAUUGAUUUAUAUAUUAAAAAAAGAAACAGGCACUGUCUUGGGUUUUUUUCACCAUGGAAUUAAUUGAUUAAUCCCCAGCACCCAGAACAGUAGAGAUUAUAUAGUAGGCAUUUCAAAAAUACUUCUUAAUGAUUGAAAGCUUGUGCAAUAGAAAAGACACUCUAUGAUUAACUACAUAAGUUAGACAUGAUAGAUACUCUAUAUUUGAGGAGACAAGAUACUUCUUUAUCCAGGAAACAGUGCAUGUAAUUUGUGCUUUAUAAAAUUUCUGAGAGAUUUUAUUUUGG